CAAGAUGGCGGAAUUACCGCAAUUAGGAGAAAGAUGCCAAAUAGAAAGUUGUCAGCAGCUCGAUUUCUUACCUAUUACAUGCAGUAAAUGCAAUGGGAUAUUUUGCAAAAUUCACAGUUCCAGAGAUUCUCAUGGAUGUGAAGAASAACAACCUAUCAAACAGGUCAAUCUCUCUUCAAAUWCCAAAGAUUCCUUUGUUUGCACCUUUGAAGGCUGUAGUAAUAGAGAGUUGAUAGAUGUUAGAUGUGAACAAUGCAGAAAACAAUUCUGCUUGGGACACAGACAUCAAAGUGAUCAUGAAUGCUCAUCCUUACCCAUUAAACCAGUAGUUGUUUCACCUCAGGAGCGACUCAAGUCUAUCACAGGGAGGGAACUAAGCUCAGAGAAAAAAGGUCGAACUGGAGUCAAAAAUGAAGCAAGACAACUUAAAGUGGCACUGAUGAAGAUGAAAAUGAAUGCURUUGGAGAUAAAUCUAUACCUCAGAUUGAAAGAAUAUACCUUAAUAUUCAACUUCCUGAAGGACAGAAGGACAAGGCUAUGUAUUUUUCAAAGUCUUAUCAUUCAUUGUCAGUAAGUUUACAAGUGCAAGCUGCAAUUAAAUGUAACUGUAAGAGCAAAAAUCAUAAAAUACCCACACACAAAAUACUGUGCAAUAUUUCAGGGAGGGAACUAAGCUCAGAGAAAAAAGGUCGAACUGGAGUCAAAAAUGAAGCAAGACAACUUAAAGUGGCACUGAUGAAGAUGAAAAUGAAUGCURUUGGAGAUAAAUCUAUACCUCAGAUUGAAAGAAUAUACCUUAAUAUUCAACUUCCUGAAGGACAGAAGGACAAGGCUAUGUAUUUUUCAAAGCAAUGGACUGCAGGCAAAGUGAUUGACAAGAUCUGUCAGGUGGUUGGUUUAACRAAUCAAAAUAAUAUUCCAUCCAAAAAGAAAUUAUGCCUAUUGCAGUUGCAAACAGGACGAGUACUGCCAGUAGAUCAAACCUUAGACCAGCUAACCCAUACAGAAGACCUAAAGAGUGGAAGCGAUGUAAUUUUAGAAUAUACUGAUGCUGUUCAAUCAUGAUAGCUAACCCAUACAGAAGACCUAAAGAGUGGAAGCGAUGUGAUUUUAGAAUAUACUGAUGCUGUUCAAUCAUGAUACUGUAAAUAAAUUCUUUGUAAAUAUU